AUGGAGGAUGAGAUUAUGCUCAUGCCCUUGGCAGAAUCAGGAUUCUUGGAAGACCAGCAAAUCAUGGCAUGUUGGGGCUGGAUGAAGUGGCAGCUGAAGAUUCCUGAUGACAUUUUCUUCAUGGAGCCAUCACUGCCAUACAGAUUAGGCCUGAAGGAAGGAUCAGCUACCAUGGAAGGAGCGCGUGAAGAGAUCUUGCAGGUCACCAAGGGCAUGAGGCAGGUGCUUGUUCCAUGCCAGGGCCAGAAUCCAGAUCACUGGACAUUAUUGGUGGCAAAUAGAGCAGAAGAUGGGAAGUUCAGAUUCAGGUACUAUGAGACCCUUGAGGUCAUGCAUAAGGACUGCUUGGAGGCAGCCAAGAGAUUGGCAACAGUGCUGAAUGAGGACCAGGAACCAGCUGUUUUCAGAGAGAACACCAUCAGACAGAAAGGUGCAGACUGUGGCUUCUAUGUUGUAGCCUACAGUGAGCAGGCUGCAUCAGAGUCCAAAGAGGGCCCAGCACCAAGAGGCUGGCCAGAACAAAUCAAGGCAGCCUGGGAGAACAGGAUCAGUUUCAUCAUGAAGGUCCUGAAGCAGGAGCAUGAGAAGCUCAUGCAGGCCAAGAAACAUGUAGAAAAGCUAGAGAAAGAAAGGAAGGACAAAAAGCAAGCAAAAAUCAAGGAGCUGCAGGAUAAGCUCAAAAAAAUGAAGGAUAUCACCACAGCAGCUGCCAUCAGUGCACAGGCUUUGCUGGAUAAGAAUUCCCAGUAUUUCCAAGAGUCCAGCGAUGUUGGCAUGGAGAGUGAGGUGGAGGCACUGGAUGAAGAUCUGGAGGACUUGAGUAAGAAGGUCCAGUGGGUGAGAUCCUUAGAAGAACUGAGCAACGCGGAGCACUGCUGGGGCACGCGGAGCACGCCACGGGAGCCGCCGGACCCGUGGGUCCGGCGGGUCCGAAGCGCCGAACGCGGGGGGCGGGCCGAGGAGUUCGAGGCAUGCCUUCGUAUGGACCGGAGGAUUUGGUAG